UUUGAAACUUGAUGUAUUAAAACGAUUGCUGAACGAAAGAACCAGUCGACAAGCAGAACUAGACGAUAAUCUCAACAAUACUAGAAAGCAAACGCAGCAAGUGCUGAAAGAAUGCCUUGAUGAAGCAAAGAGCCAGCAAAUGCAAUUAGCGAAUUUGCAUGCUUCGUUGACAGAGUCACAGCACAAUCUACAAGAGUACCGCAAACAGCACGACUCACCAGCUUCAUCGGAAGCUGGGGCAACACUGCAAAGUCAGUUAUUGGCGAAAUUAAAACGAAUUGAAACCAAGUUGAAGGCAUUGCAAAUUGCAAAAAGCUAUGCAAAAGCUUUACUUGUCUCAUCCGAGCUCUGUGCGCAAGCGCGAGAGUUGGUAUCCACCGAUCCAGAAGCGGCUAUUGCUCCUUACGUACAAAUGGUAAAAUUUAGUCAAUAUAUCGCGGAUCAGGCCGGGGAGCAAGCUUGCUACGAGGAGGUCAAGCUACACUUGAUGAGUUCUCGAAAGCAGUUGUGGGAAGAUUUGAAUGCCAUGUUGAAAAAGAACUUUGAAGCAACGUUAGAGGGACUUUCAUGGCCAACUCCUAUCAAACCACCUUACGGACCCCAAAUGAAAGCCAAACUUGACAAAUUCGAACAAGCGUUCUUUAACCUUCUUUUACUUCAGACAUCAUCAAGCGAUCAUGAAGAGCUUACUGGAGACAACUUAUUGGCACCUGUUUCCAUCAUGAUGGAAGCCAUCUCACUACGUUUCCGAUUCCAUUUUGAAGGCUCAAAGCCAACCAAUCGUCUGGACAAGCCCGAAUGGUAUCUUACCCAUGUAAAGAAUACCAUCGCAGCGCAUAUACCUUUCUUAAUGACCGUUGUCCAACCUAUCGUCGAUCGUGCAUCCGACCAUUUACAAAUACGGAUAUCGGUGAAAGACCAUUUCAUCCGCGCUAUACUCGUGAAUGUUGCUCGGAAAUUACGGAACGAUAUACCGCGACUCUUGGAUCAUCCAAGCUACUUGAGUCAUACAGUCCAUGAAAUCUUAACAUUUGACCAGUUGUUGCAAGACGAUUUCGCCUACGUUACGCUUGAAAAGAAUGUUCAACGCGAAACAGCAUCCGCUGUCAUCCUUCAAAAUCGUGAAUGGUUCGAUGCAUGGUUUCAGGCAGAAAAGACAUUUGCACGUACACGGUACGAUGAUAUCCUGCUUGAUGCGCAUGCCUUUGAGCUGGAUGAAAAUGAAGACAUUAUAUCGUCAUAUAAACAGCAAGCUUCAGAUCCACGAUCUGUUAAGGCGACCAAGUCUGUAGCCAAGUUGAUCAACUUGUUGGAAAGUAUUACCGAUGCUUAUAAGCUCUUGCCUUCUUUGGAACAAAGACUUCGGUUUUUCGCUGAUAUCCAGCUUGGACUUCUCGAUGGAUACAAGUACCGUAUUUCCUCAGCUAUUGAUUCCUUGGAAGCCGUCAGUUUGAUACGAUCUGUACCGGUGCCUGGAGGUCUUCCCGAUGCGGUCACGGGUGUGAUCAUGUCUUCAGAGCAGGGAGGUGUCGUUGCUGUUCUGCACCGUAUCUAUCGCUGGUGGACCAGUGCGUGCUCUGUGAGCGAAGUGUUGCGUGUCUGGGCAGAUGACGAGCUCUUCCUGGACUUGCAGUUUGAAGUGAAUCAAAACCCAGAAUUAUUCCAAGAAAUGGCGAACCAGUAUGAAUCGCCGGACAGUCUGUUUGUACCACGCUUGGAGAAACUUUUCGAGACGGCCAAUGACUCUGUAUUCGCAGCCCCUUUGGCUUCCUUCCAGCGAUUAUGCGAACGGACAGAAAAGCUCAUGGUCAAAGUGAUUGUACGGGAAUGGAACACAGCUACACGCGAUUACUCUAAAAGGAACCCACUGUGGCAGCCGUCCGGCGAUGCUGUUCCCACAGAAAUCUCUUCCGAAUUAUAUAAACCACUGCAAGAUCUUCGUUUAACUUGCGGGUAUCUUCAUCAGACUUUGCCCAACACCGCCUUUAUUCGGAUCUAUCGUAACAUUGCUAAAGAAAUUGAAGAAUGGUACUGGCGCAAUAUCAUUACCAACACCCAGUUUUCUGUUCAUGACGGAUUGCAGUUGGAAGCCGAUCUGCGACUGGGUCUGUGGAAAGUCACUAAACGAUGGGUCAACAAACCCGAAAACUACACCAAGAGGUUAAAAGAAGCGAUCAAAUUGCUGACUUUGCCUUUUGGCACGGCGGCAACGGACGACGGCCUUACAGUGCACGACCCUACUGUAUGCUGUGAAGCCCUCAUGACAUUUUUGAAUGAUCCAUCUCAAUCCUUUAAACUAACAGCAGCCUUGGAGCAGCUGGGAAUUGACGUGCUGACACAUUCUCAAAUACGCGAUGUUCUACGUCGGCGAAACGAUAUGCUGUACAGCUGGAAUUAACGUCGAUUCCACUAAUAUUUGUGCCUUUUUCUGAAACACUACAUACCCUUUCAAAUAAACCUUUCUGAGACGUCUUGUAAAGUAAUC